CCCCAGCUCAUCUCAAAAAUUGGCCAUGGCAGCAGCUCAAAGCGAGAGCAACCAUACCAGCAUCAUGGAGGAAGGACAAGCGAGCCAUGUUGCAGAGGUGCGAGGAGGCUGGGUCCUGUAUCAAGGCUGCUGGCUGAGACCCCACAACGUGCAAAGCAUCAUGCUCGUGCAAGAGUGCUUCAACGCUCGCCCCGCAGACACCUCCCUUGUCACGUUCCCAAAGUGCGGCACCACCUGGCUAAAGGCCCUCGCGUUCACCAUCACAAACCGUUUUCGCCACGCCGCCACCAGCGAUGACCACCCGCUGCUCACCCACCACCCUCAGGACCUAGUGCCGUUCCAUGAGAUGCCCUACCGCCAGCUACAGCCUCUUGCUGAUCUUGAGAAGCUCGCCUCACCUAGGCUCCUCGCCACCCACAUGCCGAUCACAUUGCUACCUCCGUCCGUGUCUAACCUUGGAUGCCGUGUUGUGUACCUGUGCCGCAAUCCCAAGGACGUGUUUGUGUCCUUAUGGCACUUCACCAACAAGGUAGGCGUGGACUACACCAUGCCCAUGGAUAAAGCAUUUGAGUUGUUUUCUGAUGGGCUAUCCCCGUAUGGGCCUAUAUGGGAACACAAUCUUGGUUUAUGGAAGAAAAGCAUAGCGGAGAGCGACAAUGUCCUUUUCUUGAAGUAUCACGAGAUGAUGGCCGAACCAGUCAAGCACGUCAAGAUGCUCGCCAAGUUCCUCUGUGUCCCCUUCACCGAGGAGGAGGUGAGCCGUAGAGUUGUGGGGGAUGUCGUGCACCUGUGUAGCUUCGAUAAGCUCAAGAGCAUGCCAAUCAAUUCAUCAGGAGCAAUUGAUCGGAUUGGCGGGCUGCCAAUGGAGAACUCUGCCUACUUUAGGACCGGAAAGGUCGGUGACUGGGCAAACCACUUGACGGAAGAGAUGGCAAAGAAGCUGGAUGCCAUUAUUGAGGAGAAGCUGAGAGGAUCUGGUCUCAUAUUUUGA